UGGCAGCGUGACGGCGCGCCGCUCAGCUCCGACGAGCAGCGCCUGCAGGUGACGAUGCAGGCAGGCAGUGCGUCUGCGAAGAGCCGCUUGUCGGUGUCGGGCGCGCGGCCAGAGGACGGCGGACUGUACGAGUGCGUGGCCAGCAACGCGGUGGGCACUGCCCGCCACAGCGCGCCGCUGCGCGUGCUGGGCCCGCCCCACGUGCGGCCCAUGCAGGAUCGCCGCGUCGUCGCCAGGGCCGACGCCGUCUUCCACUGCCGCGUUACCGGAUACCCCAUCAGCGAGAUACGCUGGGAGCGCGAAGGGAGAUCUCUACCAGAAAACCAUCGCCAACAAAUCUUUCCUAAUGGAACCCUAAUAAUUAAGGAUAUUCAGAAGCAAGCUGAUGAGGGAGGAUAUGUCUGUAUUGCAACAAAUCCCGAUGGUCACACUUCCAGAAGCAAGUUAAAUAUUCAAGUUCUUGGUAAGAAAUAUUUUGUUUAA